UUCUUCGCUCGCUUUUACGAUUCAGGGCUUCAUCUUCUCCCACGACGUUGCAGGCGUGCUUUCCUCUCUCUUUCUCUCUACAAAUCACCAUGAAGCAGGGCUAAAUUAAUUCCUUCGUUUUUUCUAAGUAGUCUCAGAGCCGCAUGGGAAAGACGGGUGAAGGGUUUGCUCUCCCUGAGGCACCUCCCUCUUCCAGAGCUCACUCUGAGGGCCCGACCUUAACAUUAAAGUCUACUUUUGUGCAGAGCCUUUUUUUUUUUAAAUUGAGAGAUCCUGUUGGAAUAAGGCACUAGGGUGUAAUUUCAGUUGAGCUAUUGCUAAUUAUGGCCCCUUUUCCCAUAUUGAAGUCUUUGCCUUCUAUGUUGUUAUUUUUCACAACACGAAAUCUCUCCUUGGUUCUGAUUUCACUGGACUUUGGUUUGGAGACAGUAUCAUGGAAGUUCUGCGUCCACAGCUUAUAAGAAUCGGUGGACGGAUUUACAGGAAGAAUCCCAUCCAAGAACAGACUUAUCAACAUGAAGAAGAUGAUGAUGACUAUUACCAAGGCUUCGUGGAGUGUGCAGAAGAGCCCUGUGAAGCCUACGAAGUGGUGCAGACCCCACAAGGUUUCCGGUGUACUGUGAAGGCCCCCAGCCUGCUCUACAAGCAUAUAGUUGGAAAGAGAGGGGACACUAGGAAGAAACUAGAAGUGGAGACCAGAACUUCUAUUAGCAUUCCUAAGCCUGGACAAGAAGGAGAAAUUGUAAUCACUGGCCAGCAUCGCAGUGGUGUGAUUUCAGCCCGAACUCGGAUUGAUGUUCUUUUGCUCACUUUUAGAAGAAAGCAGCCCUUCACUCACUUCCUUGCCUUCUUCCUCAAUGAAGUUGAGGUUCAGGAGCGAUUUCUGAAGUUCCAGGAGGAAGUACUGGAGAAGUGCUCCAUGGAUCAUGGGGUUGAUAGCACCAUUUUCCAGAAUCCUAAAAAGCUUCACCUAACUAUUGGGAUGUUGGUGCUUUUGAGUGAACAAGAGAUCCAGCAGACAUGUGAGAUGCUACAGCAGUGUAAAACGGAAUUCAUUGAUGACAUUUCUGGGGGCAAACCUCUGGAAGUAGAGAUGUCAGGGAUAGAAUACAUGAAUGAUGAUCCUGGCAUGGUGGAUGUUCUUUACGCCAAAGUCCACAUGAAAGAUGGCUCCAACAGGCUGCAGGAAUUGGUUGAUCGGGUGCUGGAGCGUUUUCAGGCAUCUGGACUAAUAGUGAAAGAGUGGAAUAGUGUGAAACUCCAUGCUACAGUCAUGAAUACUCUAUUCAGGAAAGACCCCAACGCUGAAGGCAGGUACAAUCUCUACACGGCGGAUGGCAAAUAUAUCUUCAAGGAAAGAGAGUCAUUUGAUGGUCGAAACAUUUUAAAGCUCUUUGAGAACUUCUACUUUGGUACCCUAAAGCUCAAUUCAAUUCACAUCUCUCAGAGGUUCUCAGUAGACAGCUUUGGAAACUAUGCCUCCUGUGGACAGAUUGACUUCUCCUGAGGUGGAUCUCGGGAAGCACUCGAAAUUGAACAUCCUGACAAGGGUCUGCCUUUCUUUCCAAAGCUCUUCUCCGGAAAUGUACCUCUGAAGCCCACUGGAGCUCACAUUCGCGUUAUUCCUUCUAUACCUACUGAUUUUGCCCCCACCAUUGAACUCUUUUGUAUUAAUAAUUAGAAUUACAGAUGUGUGAUCUUAUUAAUCUCUGUACCUAGGUCAAAUGUCUACAGUUUCUAGAAGGUUUGUAUUUUUCCCUUUCUCCUUGUACUCUUAACUUUUAAUCACUACCCAAAAAUUUUUUUUUUAUUGUGGUAAAAAACAGAUAACAUAAAAUUUACCCUCUUAAUCAUUUUUUAGAGUACAGUUCACUAGUGUUAAGUAUAUUUGUCUUGUGAAAUAUCUCCAGGGCCUUUUCAUCUUAAAAAUCUGAAAUCCCCUUAAACAACUCUUCUUUCCCCUCUCCCCCAAGCCCUUGCUAACUCCCAUUCUGCUUUCUAUUUCUGUGGAUUUGACUACUUGAGAUACCUCAUAUAUGUGGAAUCAUACAGUAUUUGUCUUUUUGUGACUGGCUUAUUCUGCUUAGCGUAAUGUCCUCAAGGUGCAUCCAUGUUGUAGUGUGUGACCGGGCUUCCUCUUUAAGGCUGAAUAAUAUUCCACUGUAUGUGUAUACAGUUACCCCUCAGUUUCCCUGGCUUCCAGGACCUCCCUCCAUAUCUGGAUGUUAAGUCCCUUAUAUAAAAUGGCAUAGUAUUUGCAUAGAACCUAUGCAUACCCUCCUAUAUACUUUAUUUUUUGUGGGGGGCGGGAGGGAGGAGGUAUUAUGUUUGUUUGUUUGUUUGUUUGUUUAAUAGCAGUACUGGCGAUUGAACCCAGGACCUCGUGCAUGCUUGCUCUACCACUUGAGCUAUAUCCUCCCCCUCCUCCUGUAUACUUUAAAUCAUCUCUAAAUUAUUUAUAAUACCAAAUACAGUGUAAAUGCAAGGUAAAUAGUUACUGGCACACAACAAAUUCAAGUUUUGCUUUUUGUGACUUUCCGAAAUUUUUUUUCUGAAUAUUUUUGAUCUGCAGUUGGUUGACUCUGUGGAUAUGGAACCAUGGAUAUGGAGGGCCCAAUGUACCAUAUUUGUUUACCAGUCUUCCAUUGAGGGAAACUGGGUUCCUUCCACCUCUUGGCUAUUGUGAAUAGUGCUCUAUGAACAUGGCUGUCCAAGUAUCUCUUUGAGACCCCAUUCUCAAUUCCUUUACUACUCAGAAUUUUAUCUUUAACAAAGUAAGUUAAAAUUUUUACCCUUUACUUUGAUCUGUCCUUUUUCUUCUGAAGUUGGUACCUUUUGUGUUUGUUAGUAUCCUGUUCUUUCACCCUACCCUAACCCUCCCCUUCCCAUGGCACUGAUGGACUUGCAGUACUGUAGCUCUUUUCUGUUCCUGUUUAUUUCUCCGGGCAGCAGCAUUUGAAGCAAUAAUAUCAGCAGGGCUGUGAGAGUGUCAGCCACAGAGGGCACUCCUUCCUUGCUGCAGGCCAGCGUGGGGAGGGGGGCUCCCAGCACAGCUUUGCCCUGCCCAUCAGCUCCAGCCCACUGUCCCCUCUGUCUUCCCCUCCUCACAGCCUGUCUGCUUCCUUGGCCUCUUUCUCUUUUUCUGUCUCCUUCAUUCCUAUUCUUACUGUCUGUUUGAGAAGUCUGAUUCAGAACCCCGUGUGCUAAGGCCACGACAUGGGAAGGACUGUGUAUGACACUCAGAGAUUUGUUUUUCAGUGUGAUUGCACAGAUCAUUUGUGAAUAAAUGCAUUUCUGGAGUAACUGUGUUUUUCUUUUAGUGUUAUAAUACAGUUUUAGUUUGACCCCUUAGUCAGUGUGUGUUGGCAUACCGUGCUGCCAUCACUUACUCAUUGGCAGAGCUCUAUUAUUCAUCCAGGACUUACAUAUUGGUGCCUGCAGGGUUGGUUUUUCCAAAAGAGCUUUCUGCUGGGAAUAUUCAUUAUUUAUUUAAGUUGAGCUUUUGCCUUGCUCACUGCUGAUUGUUAGAUGGCGUGUGGGAAUGAGUGCUCCCAGGGAUAGCACUGAAUAGUGAAGUCAGCUGUGGAGUCCAGUGCCCUUGUCUCAUCUCGGUGCUGCUUCUUGCUUACUGGUUGCUUUCUGACAGCUGCCAUUGGGCAGCCUUGGCCAGGAAGAAAAGAUAUCUUCUUUUGGGUAUCAGAGGUAUGACUUGUGUUUUUAGUAAAUUAAAAAAAAAAGUUUUGUCUUUGGAAAAUGUAACUUUGUAUAUCAAAUACUAAAUGCUUAACAGAAUCGGAAAUUGUGUUAUUUAGUAUUUAAAGGUAACCAUGCAUUUAAGGCCUUACCAUAUUGUUAAGUAGUUUUUCACAAGUUAUUUGCUUUUUCACUGUCAUUCUGUCCUGAUUGUACCGUGUUUUCCAGCAGCUACGUGAUAUGGUGACAUCACUCUGAUGGUUAAUGGAGUGUGUGUUUGUGUAUUUUUGUGUUUUGUAGAAUUUUGUAAGUGGGUAGGUAUUGGUAGAAUUGAAAAUAAAUUUUUAUGUUUUAAAUUUUCUUUCUAGAAGCCAGUUGAUAAAUUUUUGAGACUGUAACUAAAGAAAGUACAGUUUUAACUACUGUUGUAGAAGGGGGCAUAGCAGGUGUUUUUGAUGUAGAACUUUUAAGAAAGAGCAACAGUAUUAGCAAAUAAUUUUUGAUGAGGCUAAAAGAAUUUUUCAGGAUUCUAGGCCUCCUCUCCAAACUGUAAUGGAGUAAAGGUUGGAGGAUUUGCUUCUGUGUUUAUAAUCCAGUCUCUGUUAGUACUACCACUUUGCAACUCAUUCUGCACUGAAAUCGCGUUAAAUUGCACCUAACAUCGCUCCAGCUGGCUUUUCAGUCACUGACUUCACCCUCAACAUCUCUAAGCGGAGGAGGGAAAAAAAAGUCUCACCACGAUUAUUACACAAGAUCUUUGUUGUUAUAUAAUGAACUUUGUUAUGGAGAAUAAUUUUUAUGUUUUUUUUUUUUUGGAUGGGGCACAAUGACUUACCCCCAAAUGAACUUCAUACCUAUCAUAGAGACAUGAUCAGCAUUACUGAUCAUGGCUAUUUUUUAAGUGAGCUCCAGAGUUUACUAAACUGGAUUCUGAUGAGAAUCCAGCUUCAUAAUGAUACAAAAGUUGGUUCAGCGUUGCUUUUGCUCUGUGCCUUUUUCCUGGAGGCAAAAGGAACCUGAUGGCACUAGAGGGGUAUUGAGAUAAGGAACAUCUCUCCGAUUCUCUCUUGAUGCCUACAGGGAGAUGGAUGGCCAAGCCCAAGGAUGCUAUCUGUAGGUGAGGAAAAGGGCUGCUCUUGUGGUUGUUUACCUAUAGCUUUUUUGUUGCAGUUAAUAAAAUGAUCUCUUAAACAAAGAUUAAAAUAAGUUCACUGUGUGAAAAAUCAAGCUUAUACACAUUAUACUUUAUGCCUUUUUUAGAGUGUAUUUUAUACUUCAGUUUAAAUAUUUAAAAAAUAAAUUCCCUCAUCCAGAGGUUACUCUGAAUAUAUUUAAGCACAUAUAUCAUAUCAUUAGGUGUUUUUUUUUUUUUUUACAAAUAACAACAGCUAAUGUUAGCAGAAUGCUCACAUUUGUCAUUUAUUUGUAUAUUAAUUCAUUAAAUCUUUACAAGCCCACUUAAGUUAGUGUUAUCAUUAUCCUCAUUUUAGAAACUAAGGUUUAACAAGGUUAAGAAAUAUGCCUGAGGUUAUACAGCUUGUAUCUGUUCUUAAAAUGUGGUCUGUGGACACUUGGGAGUCCCUAAUAUCCUUUGCGGAAGAGGUGAGGUCCUACUAUUUUGAUAAAAAUAUUAGGAUACAACUUGCCUUUUUCACUCUAAUUCUCUCCUGAGUGUAUAAUGGAGUUUUCCAGAGACUGUGUCAUAUAGUAACAUCAUCACACUGAUGGUUAAUGGAAUACUAUGUUUGUUUAUUUUUGUGUUUUCUAGAAUUUUGUAAGUUGGUAGGUUUAGGUUAUAGAUACGUGUUUUUAGAGAUUAAUUCCGUUUGCUCUCAGUACUUCUGUGCUCUUACUAGCUAUUUCCAGUUACACCUGCUUUUAUGGGCUGAAUUGUGUCCCCUGAGAAUUCAUAUGUUAAGCCCUAACCCCCCAAUACCUCAAAAUGUGGUUAGAGAUGGGGCCUUUAAAGAGGUGAUUAAGUUAAAGUGAGGCUGAGGCUCUUAGGGUGGGCCCUAAGCCAGUCUGACUGGUGUCCUUACAGGAAGAGGAAAUUUGGACACACAAAGAAACAUUGCACCCCUAGUUCCCAAGAUCAGCCCCCUGGGUCUGUCUGCAAGAAAGUUUGGUGAUGGUAUUGCCUAGCAGCCAGUGAUUGGAAGGGUCUGAGAAUUACACUCAAACUGACAUUGAGAACAGAUAGGGCCAGACUGAGGAAGUUCCUUCUGCCUCUGCCCUGAUCAUCAAAGCCCUUGAGGAAUGACCAAGAGACAGAAAAACAUUAAGUGCAAUGGAAAUAAUAAUUUUUGAUGAGAUUGUCAACAUUGCCCACCAGAUGUGGCACUUACCUUUAGCUCGAGAACUGUCUGGAACCAUUAAAGAGAUCCCAGGGACUGCCCAGUCUGGACUGCAAUGUUGAUGGUCGCCACCAUCGUGACGUCAUGGAUGACACCAGUGGUGGUGCGGUGGAAUGCUCAGCUAGUUAAGAACAACAAGGAAAAUUCUUCAAUAAAGGAUCAUUUGACAACAACAGCAAAAAACCAUCAGUUAUGUGCAUGCACAGAGGAAAGGCCAUGUGUGACACAGCAAGAAGGCAGCCAUCUGCAAACCAGGAAGAGAGGUUUCUCAGGAGAAACCAAAUCUACCAACCCCUUAAUCUUGGACUUCUAGCCUCCAGAACUUUGAGAAAAUAAAUUCUGUUGUUUAA